CACACACACAUACACAGAGACACACGCGCAGACACACACGCACACACAGACACGCGCGCACGGCACAGACAGUGGUGGCUGGGAGCACGCCGGCGGGUGAGAGGCAGAGGACGCGUGUGAGGAGUCAGCGGCAGCACCGGCGGAUGGAAUUCCCUCUCCUGCCGUCCGAGCCGGUCGGCGCUCCCCGGCCACGCUGGCGAGGAGAUGCAGUGAAUCGGCCCUGAUGUGAUGCAGCAAUAGGCGAUGCACUCCGGCUACCGGUGCCGCGCUGCAAACCACCGUCGCUACUUUCCCCUCCACAGGAUGUGAGAGCGGUCAGAGGCCGCUAUGUGAAGGAGAUCAGUGUUUGCCAAGCCGACCCUUGGCGACUGCCGGACAGUCGGGAGCCGGGAAGGAGCAAAAACACGGACUGUCUGAGGGUCCCCAAGGAGCGGACUGGGAAACGCUGAAGUACAUCAUUUUGCCGUCUAUCCUUCAUCGCUGUGCUUCUCAGGUGAAACAGCAGGAUGGUAGCCGAGGCGGCCAAUGAGGACACACCGAAGCGAUGGAGGAGACAACCCCUGACCCGGCCUUUGUCGACGUGGACCAGGGGCUGACCCUGGCAUGCAUCGCCUUCCUCUGCUUCCUGCUGGUGGCCAUGAUCAUCCGCUGCGCCAAGGUCAUCAUGGAUCCGUACAGCGCCAUCCCCACCUCCACCUGGGAGGAGCAGCACCUGGAUGACUAACGGGGGGGGCGCAGCGGAUGGGUGGGGGGAAGCCCCCCCGGGACGUGCCGGUGAACCGGCAGAAACUGGGCAGAGAAGCCCCAGAGAUUCCCAUGGGCCUCGCCUGAUGGAGGGAAAAGGCCUGCAGUCUGGCUUGAUCUGGUGGGGGGGCAUUUUUACCCUGCAUUAUAAGGACCCUGACCCCAUUAAAAGAACCCCCCAAAAGAGAGGGCCAACGAAGAGCCUCAUGAUGGACGUGUUAAACAGAUCCUGUGUCAAAUGGGGAGACGUCUCCCCAUUUCCCGUUCCGGAUCAUUCCGGAUCAUUCCAGAUCGGGGGAAGUGGUUAUGUUUCAUCCAGUCAAAAAUGUUACCUGCACAUUGGAAUUAAAGAAGCGUGUCUCUGUAAACACAAACAUCAUCCAUCUUGCCAAAACAUCUCACUUAUAUGCUUUUCAUAUUGUCCAGGUUAAUAGGAUGAUAUUUUUGGCAGGUAUGUCGGACGAAAGGUAACAUUCAUAAUACUUCUGUAUUCACACUCUCUGGUUUAACCGCUAGCUCUGUGGAUAUACCUAGACAGCAUAAGUUGCCAGAACUGACUUUGGGAAAUUUAGCUGAGGUUUUUGAAAUGUUUGGUCAUAAGCAGGGGGCCCCACAGUUGACUGCCAAAAGCCACGGGAUUCAUUACUCACUUUCCUGGAAACAUUUAAUUCAUAUGCGUGAUGAUUUGAGUUAUAAUUUUGAGUCUCUGUAGCUGCUCUCCUCCAGUCAUUUGCAGGUGACUUUCUGAGAGUAUAGGUCUGUCUAUAAAAUCACAUAUAAGACCAUCUUACUGAAGCCAGAGCGAAAAUGGACAUUCUGUUCCAGCACUGAAAACCAAAGCGGUCAUGAGCACUAUUGGUUGAAGGAGUAACACGGGGGCACAAAUCAAACUGUCUCUCCCAUGCUUAAGGGGUCUGACCAAGCAGCCAUGUCAGCUGCUCUAAGUACCUUCUGGUACCGUUGAGUUAUGUCUCUGAGAAGUGUUUCAAACCGCUCACAAGAUCACAUCCUCGGUUGCAUGCCACAAAGAGCCUUAGCCAAAGCCACAGAACCAUCUUUAAACCUCAGCACACUGUGAGGGGCAGAACCACAGAGCGCAGUGCAAACAUUGACAAGCAAAAUUCAGCUUGUAGUGGGUGUAACAUUCAGCAGACAAAAAAACUGACCAUUAAAAUCAGUAUUAAAAUA